AUGACCACAGUCGCCUCCGAAGCCAGAACUCGACCACCCAUAGAACCUAUCAAGACUUCGGGCCCUGGUCUCAACGUCCGGUCUUUAAGAUCCCGUAUCAUUCAGAAGAGCCCGUCAUGGACCCCUUCACCCCUAUCACCACACAGCCGACCUCUUCCACAACUUAGAGAGCCCGAAGAUGAUGAUACGAAGCAUGAUGAUGACACAAAAGUUGAUCAAUUUGAACCCCGAAAGCGUGAUCUUCCCAAGCUUGAGUCCGGUCUACGCAAUGUCUCCUUGAGACCGGUUGCACCUCUUACUCUCCAUAGCCCAGGCUCCCGACCCUCUCCCCUUUCUGCGCCACUCUUGGCUCCUCCCGUAUUCCAAAGACCUACUCUAGCAGAUGAAACAAGAAGCAUGCUGCUUCAGGAGUCAGAUGCGGAGCGGGGUGGUGAAUCCCCUCAUGUCGACUAUGAGCGCCGACAAUCUGCCCCAGGGGGUCCUUUUCACGCCAGAGCCAUGCACCUUGCUCGACAAAGAGAGCAUCAUCGUCGUCGAUGGAUCGCAGCUUCACACAGAGCUCGUGAGCCUGAGAUAUUUGUGCUACCUGUUGAGCUUCGUCGCUUGUCUCAGUUAUCUUCGAGUGAUGCAGAAGCGUCUUCGCCGUAUCCUUCGGAGAGACGUUUGACUACCCGUGUGGCUGUUCAUUCGCGUGGUCGGAAGUCAAUUAUACUCUCCAGAACCUUCGACUUGGACGAGUUACGAGCUACACUUCCAGUUAUGAGCCCCGUUGAACGACAUCAGGAGAAUAGGCGUGCAUCAGUUGUCACUCUUCAACCUCCUUCUGUCAGCUCCCGAGCGUCAUUCCCUGGAGUCUCUCAUGAGAGGCGUCAUUCCCACGGAGUUCUUCCUCGAGUAGAUGCAAAGCCCUCGCCGGCUUUUGAGCGCAGAGGCUCCCGCCAAGGUUACGGUUCUGUCCCCAUACGGCUCAGCUAUGCUCGAACAUACCUUCCCGUUCUGGCUGCGGUCAUUCUUUCAGAGCACGUUCAUCCUGGCGACACAGUUGAGCUCCCUCUCCCACAUCCUCAUGCCUGGGGGGACACUGUUGCACAUGUUUAUACAGGACGAGUCACGCUUACCGAGUCCAUCAAGCAGAACAUCCUGUAUCUUGGAGGCUCAGUCUAA